ACUCGAUAUGCGAAGGAUAUCGAAACGGAAGAGGGGAUGAAGAAAUUGGUAAGGGAUGAGGACAAGGUUGAGGACACAGCGGAUGAGAACGCAAAUCAUGAGGAGACGAAGGAGGAGGAGAGAAAGAAGUUUGUGGAAGAGAAGGACUUGAAGGAGGUAGAGGAGGUGGGUGAAGAAGGAAAGGGAGAAGAGGGGGUGGAGGAGAUGGAGCCGGAGAAGAACAAGGAAGAGAAAGAGGAGAAGGAUCUUGCCAUUUCUUUAGAGGGCAAGGAGAAGGUGGGUGAAGAAGGAAAGGGAGAAGAGGGGGUGGAGGAGAUGGAGCCGGAGAAGAACAAGGAAGAGAAAGAGGAGAAGGAUCUUGCCAUUUCUUUAGAGGGCAAGGAGAAGGUGGGUGAAGAAGGAAAGGGAGAAGAGGGGGUAGAGGAGAUGGAGCCGGAGAAGAACAAGGAAGAGAAAGAGGAGAAGGAUCUUGCAAUUUCUUUAGAGGGCAAGGAGAAGGUGGGUGAAGAAGGAAAGGGAGAAGAGGGGGUGGAGGAGAUGGAGCCGGAGAAGAACAAGGAAGAGAAAGAGGAGAAGGAUCUUGCAAUUUCUUUAGAGGGCAAGGAGAAGGUGGGUAAAGAAGGAAAGGGAGAAGAGGGGGUGGAGGAGAUGGAGCCGGAGAAGAACAAGGAAGAGAAAGAGGAAGAGGAGAAGGAUCUUGCAAUUUCUUUAGAGGGCAAGGAGAAGGUGGGUGAAGAAGGAAAGGGAGAAGAGGGGGUGGAGGAGAUGGAGCCGGAGAAGAACAAGGAAGAGGAAGAGGAAGAGGAGAAGGAUCUUGCAAUUUCUUUAGAGGGCAAGGAGAAGGUGGGUGAAGAAGAAAAGGGAGAAGAGGGGGUGGAGGAGAUGGAGCCGGAGAAGAACAAGGAAGAGGAAGAGGAGAAGGAUCUUGCAAUUUCUUUAGAGGGCAAGGAGAAGGUGGAGAAGGAUUCAGAAAUGACGGAGGAGUUAAGGGAAUUUGCUGACCUCUUGUGGGAGGAGAUGUGGAUGGAGAAGAUGAAGAUGGAAAAGGCGCAGAUGCUGAUGGUGGAAGUUGAGAAGUUAAAGACUUGGAAUCGGGCAGAAGAGAUUCUGGAAAUGAAGGAGGGUGGAAAUAACAGACUUUCAUCAAUCGUGGAGCAAAUGGAAGAGGAAGGGAACACAAAUGAAAUGAAAGAUGUGUUGGAGGAGACACAAGACUCUGAAAAUGGACGAAAAUGGAUGAACGAAAAGGAUGAAGAUGUGAAGACGGAAAGUGUUCAAGAUAGCAUUUUUUGGUAGAAACUGGAAGAAGAAGAUGAUGGAAAUGGUUAUGCUGUUUUGAUCGGAGGAGGAACCGUAUAAGGCACUCAUAAUCAUGAUAAUACAUGAUCAUUCACUUCGUAGACGUAAACAUUUGUACAUAAAAUAUGUAGCCAGGACUGUUGAAUAUAAUUUGACUCACAGUUUUUGGAAGACAAUGCUUGGGAGAACUUACUGUGAAAUCAGGAAGAGAGAUGCAGAGAGAGGCAGAGACAGAGAGAGACAGGGAUGGAAGAGAGAGUGAGAAAGA